CAAACACUCAAACACUCUAAUAGUUCAUAGUGGGUGGAAGACUGGAAGGGAGGCUAUCUCACGUCGGAAAAUGUCGUCGGAACCCCCGCCUUUCCAGGAAGCAUCCCGCUGCGACGUCUGCAAAUGCAGCUUCAGCGCCUUCCGGAGACGGCAUCACUGCAGAUGUUGUGGGAGGACUUUGUGUGCUGAACACUCAGCAAGCCAGAUGGCCUUACCACAGUUUGGUAUUCAUACACCGACCAGAGUUUGUGCUGAAUGUUUUAAUGAUGCCCCUAGAUUCGUUGGGACGGAAGCACCAUCUUCAUCAGAUGAAGUUAGUAAUAUUGCAGAUUCAGUUUCAAGAUUAAAUGUUGGUCAAGUUUUAGAUGCUGGAAAUGCUCACUGUGAAAAGGAAUUUUCAAUGCCAAGCAAAUCAGUGUGCAAAUGUGGAAUGCCUUUAUGCAUCUGUGAAGCGCAAGAGGAAACUGGUUCAGUUAGCUUGCGGGAAAGGAUUAUUUUCAUUGAUUAAGUGCAUUUUGUCAUUUUGAACGUAUCUUAUGACCUUACAGUUAUAUUUUAAUUCCAGCAGGGUCCACCUACUUCUUCUGUGGUUAAAGUUCAGACGAAUCCAAAACCGAAAAAGGUGAACACAUUGCCAAAGACUAGAGAAUCAUCAUCAAACAAUAAGCAGGGAUUAUUCGGUCUUGGUCAAGUUACAAGCUCUGCUGGUCCAGGACAAAUUCUUGGGGAUUAUGAAGUUAGUGGGGAGGGCAUGAGGGAGGCGAUAAAAAAUGGUGACACAACUGCUGCUAAGAGACUUUUAAGUCAGGGAGUGGAUGCGAAUUAUCAUGACAAGCAAGGGUCAUCGUUGUUACAUCUGGCAGCUGUUUUUAAUAGAACUGAUAUAGCUUUUGCCCUCAUGGAAAGCGGAGCAAGUUUGCAUUACAAAAACUCACAAGGUGAGACGCCACUAGAUUGUGCCCCAGCUACAUUGCAGUACAAGAUGAAGAAGAAGAUGGAAGAGACAGAGCAGUGUGGCUGAGUAAUCUGUGAUACAUCUUUCUUUCUUUUUUCUUCCCUGAGGUAUAUGAAAUGUCACCUCUGAUCUCGAACGAUGGCAGAGCUUGUUCCUUCCCCUGUGGUUUCAAACUUUUAGUUACGUAUCGGUCUAUAUUCAGAGCAAGAAAUGAAUGUGUUCUCAUUUGCUUAACCAUUUGUCUGAAAGUCCCAAUAGGUGGUCCGUGGUUGUCCCUUUUCAACAAAAAUAAAUCAAGGGAACCACCCUGGUGUUAUGAAUGUAUAAUGUAUCCAUGUUCUUUAACAACCCGUUCACAUAUGGUUAACGCUAUGAACCGUGCACCUUUUCCAUUUCACAUGUUUUUUUUGCGGGCAGACUCGAGAAAUCUUGGACUCUUUUGUCCCGAAUUAACUCCAUCUCAUUCUUUCUUCAAUCGACAAUAAUAGAAGAAUUCUGGCUUUCAAGCUUUGGGUUCAAAAUAGGUUUUUCCUCAACUAUUAAUUUCUUCGAAGGCAAAUCGGAGCAGGAACCCUCAGAUUCCCAACGUCUUCCACCGAAUCAAAUCCUCAGAUCUCCCUCGAGGCGACGAGAAAGAAGAACAUUCAAGAAUCUCAAAAGAUAUGGAGUAUAUUCAAAUGUCACAUUCUUUUAUAAAAUUUCAGUUCAUAAUGCAAAUCUAUAGUAGUUUCAUUAAUAAUUUGAUACAAUAUGU